AUGAGAUAUCCAAAUCAGUCGAAACAAAAACAACAGCAACAGUCAACUGAGGAACAGCAACAAUCAGAACCAAAGAAGAAGAAAAAGAAAACCGACUCGAAAGAUAACCUAACACCAAAAUCAAACUCUCCUCUCGAUCCAGAAAAUGUUUGUGCUCCAAAUACAACUCUCACUAGCAGAUUCCCUCAAACUCUCUCAAAAAAGAAUAUUAUUGAUAUUUAUUAUAGCAUGAUAUGCGAUCACUUUAUAUUUAUUGAAAAACCAGUAUUGGAAAAGUAUAUUCUUUCCAAGAGUAAUAGUGAAGAUGUGGAUGAUUCAGAAUUACCACUCAAGAAGGAAAUGCAGACAUUCUUCUUCUCUGUGACAGCACUAGUGGAACAACGUAUGGGAAUGGGAGAUUUAUCUGAAAAAUCAGCAAAGAAGGCUAGAGAUUGUCUUUCUAAACUUUUUGAUGAAAUGAAUAACUUUGUAGUUGCCUGUUCGUAUGCAAAUUUGGGAUCAUAUGAGAUUGGAUCAGGACGAGUCAAACUAUCCAGGUUCUAUUUCCAUAAUGCCAAGUUUUACUUUGAAAGUUUGGACGAUUCUGAAAAGUCAAGGUUAUCAGAGCAUGAAAAGGCUCUCCAAAAAUACUUGACAUCAGUGGAAAUUGUAAAUGCAGAUAAUGAUCUAGGAAUUUCAGCCAUGAUACAUGACAUGCCAAAAGUUUUUCAUUUCACCACAGGACAUCACUUACCUCAAGAAAUUGUUAAAGCAACUCAACAAGAGGUCAGUCCUUCGAAUUGUUUGGACUAUCUCAAGAUUGUGGAAAUGAUUGCCUCGUACUUGAACAAGUAUUUCAGAGGUAUGGCCACUAAAACUAGAGGAGAAAAGGAAAUGGAAAUGUAUGACAAGGGUAGUAAUCUCUGCCAAGGUUUACUAAUGAACGGAUUACGUGUAGGUGUCUUGACUAAGGCAGGGUAUGGCAAGGAUCUUAUUGAAGAGUCUUCUUUGAGAAUUACGUAUGCGUCCGAGAGUGAAUUUUUUCCAUUCCUUCCUGUUAUUGUAAUUCCACACGUUGCUCUCGCUGCCCGUAUUCACUUACAAAUUGUAAAAAAGAUUGAAAAUGGUACCAGACAAAAUCAUCAGAAAGGGCUCACUUUCCAAAAUACCGUUGGACCUAUUGAUUAUUUUGAUAUUCUGGCAAAAGAUUACAGAUCACUCAUUAUUCUCUCUAAAAGAUUUAAGAGAGUGUCGGUAUGUUACGGUUCUCUCCUUGAUGAAAUUAAAGAGAUUUUAGGUAGGAGAGUUGAAGCUCAGCAAAACAACGACACCACCUCGACAAAUAACUCUAAUACUGUUACUACCCCAAUUGCAGAUGAUGCACUCUUACAGCCACUUUCCUUAGACUCUUCCAGCCUGCCUCCACUGUCCUUCCUUCUAGGUUCUAUGAAUGAUAAUCCUUCACUACCUCAAUCUUCAAGCUCUCAAAAAUCAACCCUUGAUGGAUAUGCUUCCAACAAUUUACAACAAAGCAUUUUCAAUUCAAUAAUUCAAUCUCCAAUCAAAUCACCCUCACAACAACAAGAGUUGUACUUUGCUGAUCCAUUCUUUACACACGAAGAUUUACAACAAAUAUUUUCUCCACAUACGUAUGGCGAUUUUGAGGAUGUAUCAGAAUAUAGUUUUAAUGUGAAAUAA